CAUUCGAAAAUAGCUGUUUUGAGUUGCAAAAUAAUCUAUUUAUAUCCGAAUAAAAUGUCAGCUUUGGAGAGGCAAGCACUAAAAGCCUCUUUAGGUGGUUUGCCGCCUAUGCCACCACCAGGACUUGGUGGACCAAAGAAAAGGCCCCUGAUAAGAAAAAGAGAUUACACUCCAAUUCACUGGGACAAAUACUUUGAGCGGAUGCAUGAUGUCAAGUGCGGAGAUAAUGAUACCUUCAGGGUCUAUGAGUGUGGGAGCUCUGGGCCAGUCUUAUUCUUUCUACAUGGAGGAGGUUUCUCAGCUCUGAGUUGGUCUCUUCUAUGUUCGGCUCUAUCUGGUAUGGUCACUUGUCGAUGUGCAGCUGUAGACUUGAGAGGACAUGGUGACACAAAAACCUCAGAUGACCAAAAUUUAUCAGCGGAGAGGUUGUCAAGCGAUGUUGGGAACGUAAUAAAAGAAAUGUAUGGAGACGACCCUCCACCUAUUUUCCUUGUGGGUCAUAGUAUGGGAGGUGCUAUUGCUAUACAUACAGCCAUUAGAAAACUGGUCCCCUCGCUCAUUGGACUGGUCGUUAUUGAUGUCGUCGAGGGAACAGCCAUGGAUGCCCUUGGUAGUAUGCAUACAUUCUUGAAAGGAAGGCCCAGUGUAUUUAAAUCUCUUGAACAAGGAAUUGAGUGGUGUGUAAGAAGUGGACAAGUAAGGAAUGCAGAAUCUGCCAGAGUCUCCAUGGUGGGGCAGCUGAAAAGAGUUGAAACAGAGGAGACUGCCACAGCAGAAUUAGACCAUCAGUUUGAAGCUGGUUCUCAUCCACAGGGAACCAGCACCAUUAUGGAGGAGGAAGAAGACGAGAGUAAUGCCAAUAAAUCAAAAAGUGAACCCCAGAUGGCAGAGGAAAAUGCCAACAGCAUGCCAAUAACAGAAACCAAAUCGCCUCAGACACACGAAUUCAAGAAACCUGUCCCCAGAGACCAGAAGGAAGAUUCUCAUCACUACACAUGGAGGAUAGAUUUAGAUAAAACAGAACCUUUCUGGAGAGGAUGGUUUGAAGGGUUGUCAAAUAAAUUCUUAUCUUGUGAUGUCCCAAAGAUGUUAUUACUUGCAGGGGUGGAUAGACUAGACAAAGACUUAACCAUCGGCCAAAUGCAAGGAAAAUUCCAGAUGCAGGUGCUUCCUCAGUGUGGUCAUGCUGUGCACGAGGAUUCUCCAGAGAAGGUAGCAGAGGCCCUUGCUUCAUUUUUGGUCAGAUACAAAUUUGCUCAACCCACUGCUGAUUUUCACAGGGUUUUUCCUGCAUGCUGAUGCAGAAUCCCCAACAUUACUUCAAGGAUAAAUAAUUCAACAAAGGCUACAAGGACUUCUGAAGGCCAUGAAAACUUUUAUGUGAUCACAGAGGGACUAUAUAAUAACAGCUCAGGUGGCCACAUGUGCUCCGUCCUUUGUGUAUUCAAUCCAGGAGAUUUCUAUAUUGUACAUUUAUGUAUGUUUUAAAUAGAAAUUUCUUCAUUGAGAAACCUGAAUUGUUUGGGAAUUACAUUUAUUAAGAUCAUAUUAGAUACAUGUAUUAGUGCCAUGUUUUCUGUAUUUCAUGUAUCAGAUCUAUUUGUUUGUUUGAAACAGCUUCUUUUUUUUUUGGUGAUAUUCAAACUUACAAUUUAAAAAAAAUGGUUUAAAAUGAGGUCACUGUUGCUUGCCUUUUGGUAUUUUGUGGCUUUUUACUUAUGUCCAUAUGAUAUGAUGGUAGACUAUGAGACGCUGAAUCAUCAAACUUUGUCAGUUAAUGCAUCUUGGAGUGAAUUAAGGUGUGAUGCAGUACAUGAAGUAAUUGAAUAUACAUGUACUGCUUAUAUCACUUAUCUAGUAAAAAGGCAUUACAUUUCCUUGUUCAUAAUUUAAAAAAAAAUUUUUUUUUUAGCUCUUUCAGUAGAUUAAAAAAAAGUUCUUGUUGUUUUUUCUGUAAAUUAUAGAAAGCCUUAAAAAUUUUUUUACAGUAAAUAUGUUCUAAUGUGGAAGCAAACAACAUUGUCAGAGCUGUGAAUUCAAAAAUACACUUGCAUAAAUCGAUUUGCAUUGUAUAGUUCCUGAUGAUCUUUUCAUUUACACUAGUGUACAUUAUCAGAAUUAGGAAAUGCGUUAAAUCAACCAUUUUUAGCUCACCUCAACGAAGUUUGGUGAGCUUAUGUAAUACCCUCGGCGUCGGCGUCCCAGGUUAAGGUUUUUGGAGCAGUUUUCUUUUCAAGUACUUCUAUGGCCUAUAUUAGUCAGAGAUGCAUGGAGGAUGCUUCUAGUGUGUUUUGUUGUACCAGUCAAGGUUUCAGAUGCUGCAAUUUCAGUUAAAGAAUGACCAGGUUAAUGUUUUUGGAGCAGGUUAAAGUUUUUGGAGCAGGUCUCAUUUCCAAGUAACUAUAAGCCCUAUAUUGACCAAACUAUCUAAGGAUGCACACUACUGAACUUGCUUCGGAUGCUGGAUCUGACCUACAUUUUACGGAUGAGUGACUAUGUUCACGUUUUUGGAGCAGGUCUCAUUUCCAAGUAACUAUAAGCCCUAUAUUGACCAAACUUGCAUGGAUGAUACAUCUAAGGAUGCACACUACUGAACUUGCUUCGGAUGGUGGAUCUGACCUACAUUUUACGGAUGAGUGACUAUGUUAACGUUUUUGGAGCAGGUCUCAUUUCCAAGUAACUAUAAGCCCUAUAUUGACCAAACUUGCAUGGAUGAUGCAUCAAAGAACGAACAAUCUCAAACUUGCUUUGGAUGCUGGAUUUGACUUACAUUUUCUGGAUGAGUGACUAGUUUGAAGUUUUCAGAUAAGUCUAUUCCCAAGUAACUGCAAGCCCUAUCAGACCAAAAUUGCAUGAAUGUUGCAUCUAGGGAUGCACACUCCAAGGUUAUUAGUUCAGUGUGGGACUUUGCCUUACUUAAAGACAACAUUUGUUGAGGUGAGCUCUGUAAUCUCUGAUUACCUAUGUUAUUAUGUAAUAUCAGUGUUCUGAAUUGGAUUUAAUCAGAAUGAAAUGUAUGUUUUCCAUGCUAUUUGAGACAUUAACAGGGCUCUAAUUGGCGACCAAUUUAGUCGCCAUGGCGCCAAAAAUUUUUCCAUAAGUCACCAAAUUGGCGACCAUUUUUAAUUGAUUUGGCAAUCAUCGAAUUCAAGAAAUUUUCACAUUUUAAACAAUUUUUCUGAAAAAGCGAAAAGAAAUUUAAAAGAAGAAGAAAUUAUUUUUUUUAAUGGACAUGUCAAGUUUUCUUAAGCACAUCAUUGGUCCUUCUAUUCUAUUAACCUUUAAAGUUGGCGCCUUAGAAAAAUUGCCUGGCGACUAAAAAUUUGCAUUGGCGACUAAAUUUUUUUGAUAAGGCGCCAGCUGGCGCCUAAAUUUUAGAGGCCACUUAGAGGCCUGCAUUAAGUAAGCUUUAAGUUAGUUCUUUAAGUUUCCUAUGUACGUUGUACUUUGUAACAGUAUAAUGAACUUUUCUAUGUCAGACUGAAGAGUUGCCAGUUUAUAUUAGUUAUAUUUUUGUAAUUUACAAAAUUUUCACAUUCAUAAUAAUUUUUUUAAUAAGAUUUGGCAUUAAAAUUUCGUAAUCACACUAGAUUUUUUUUUAAAGUGACCAGAAAAAUUCAGGUAGAUGUUCAUCUGAAUAAAAUUGAAUAAGAUGACAAAUUUGUGCUUUUUAUUUUGAGGUAUCAUAUUGAAGUAGCUUAUUUAUCAGUUAAGAAAUGAUUUGUAAUGUUAUUUAACUUUGUUAACAGGCAAAAAAAAUCUGACACAAGUUUAGUGUCCAUGAAAUAUCAGGGAGUAUUGGAGGGACAUGAACAUGUAUAUGUAAUUUCUUGUUGCAUUGUAUUAAUUGAUUUUGAAUUGUAUCCUGUUAAAAUGAACAAAAAAUUCAUAUUGCUUCUAAGUUGAUUUUGAUGCGUCAAAGUUGAGUAAAUUAUUCAAAACAGUUGGAAGGCAAUUUUUUAAGUGAAGGGGAGGUAAUUCUUCUAUCAAAUUUGGGCAGUCUGUUUUGGCCAUAUACCCAUGCAGGUAAAAAUCAGUUCCAGUUGAAAUACAUGAACAUGAUUAUAUAUAAGCAGAGUUGGUUCAGCAUUACUGUACAGAGCUAGAUUGAUACAAACUUAUUACAAUAUACAUGUAUUGGUUUCAAUUCAUGCAAUAGUUAUUCUUUACAUUUUUCCAUAGACCAUUUCAAUAUAAAAUGAGAAAUGUUUGAGAAACAUAUAUGCCUCCAUUUGCCAAUAUUAAAGGAACAGUUUUAAAUUUAGAA